ACGAUGACUUUUAGAAAGGCCAAACGGCGUCGUUUGAAGCGCCAACCCCUCCUUAAUCCCCCGACCAGUCUUCGGAAACGAUACGCCUUCAUCAAUCGAAACUCUUCUGCUCUUCGUUCUACAUUGCUUACCGUCGUCGGAUACCUUCAAGAACUACCACACAUCUCUUUGCCAUGGAGAAUACCGGAGCAAGUAGCGGGUUCCAGUACAAGAGAAGAAGAAUUCUAACCCAAACACAAAGGGAGGAGAUGGAGAAUGAAAACCAGAUUUCUGCUGAGGUAACUCCAUCUGUGGAGGGUCAAUCGUUCCUGGAUGCUUCGGAAAUUGAGAUCCUUUUUCUGGAGAGUUGCUUGGGGACUGGAGCAAAUAUUACAACAAGAAGCCCACAGACAUCCCCAGCUAGGCCAAGAAUCUGCCUUUGGGGUGAGAUUCCAAUAAAGAAGAAAAUCACCCACACAGAAAUGGAUGCUUACGUUGGGGACGUGCAGUCUCUAAAGACCAUUCUUGUUCCCGACAAGUUUGAGGCAACUGCAGAGUGGUAUUUGAACUUCCAUCCUCUAGAGACCACAAAACACCCCGAGUUGGAUGCAUUUGUGGCAAAAUUAGAGUGUAGAGGGGAAGUCCACAUUCCGGUGGAGAGGAAGAGAAAAGCUCGGAAUGUCCCUUCACCAACAAGAGAUAAUUCUGAAGAGCGUAAUGAGCACAUCUCCUCUCCCCAAGAAUCUCAGAGGAGUUAGAGCCUUAGGGGAUCUCCUUCUAGAGUCUCCCAUUCCAACAUCCCAAAUCCAUCGUCUCCUAACCCUCACCCCGCCAAGCCUUCAUCCAAUACCUUUCAACAACUCUUUGAUCGAAUGUCAAAGAAAAUUGAUAACAUUGCAGAAGAACAAAGAAAGAGGUUUGAAGUGCUUGAAAAAAAAGUUGAUGCUUUGUCAACUUUAAUAAAUCAAAAGAUUGUGAAAAAAAUACGUUGAAUUAUGAUAUAAAUUUAAUACUGUAUUUUUCUCAUAUUAACUUUUGUAUUAAACAUCUCAUCUUUAAUUUAUAAAAAAAUACGUUGAAUUAUGAUAUAAAUUUAAUAUCAAAAUAUUUUUUUAAAUGCAUUUUUGAAAUAUCAUAAUUUUAUAAAUUAUGUUAAUAAAUAAGUUAUUAAUGG